AUGGGCUACUCAUAUUUGCUUUUUGGUUUUGCCAUUUUAUGUCUAUUGCCUCAAUCAACAUUUUGCAUUACUAGGCAUUAUACAUUCAAUAUUGUAAAACACAACGUAACGAGACUAUGCACCACGAAGAGCAUAGUUAGCGUGAAUGGACGUUUUCCAGGCCCUCGUAUUAUUGCAAGAGAAGGUGAUCGAGUGAUCGUUAAGGUGAUCAACCAAGUUUCCAACAAUAUAUCUAUUCAUUGGCAUGGAAUUAGGCAACUUGCAAACGGAUGGGCAGAUGGACCAGCAUAUGUCACACAAUGUCCGAUCCAAUUUAACAAGAGUUACACGUAUAAUUUCACGAUCAUCGGUCAGAGGGGAACUCUGUUCUGGCAUGCUCAUAUUUCAUGGCUAAGAGCAACGGUUUAUGGGCCUAUUGUCAUCUUGCCACGACGUAACGAGUCAUAUCCAUUUAAAAAACCACACAAGCAAAUUCCAAUAAUGUUUGGGGAAUGGUGGAAUGUUGAUACUGAGGCUGUAAUAAAUCAAGCUCUUCAGACAGGAGGUGGACCAAAUGUUUCAGAUGCAUAUACUAUCAAUGGCCUACCAGGACCUUUAUAUAAUUGUUCCUCGAAAGAUACAUUCAAGUUGAAGGUGAAGCCAGGAAAGACUUACAUGCUACGUUUGAUCAACGCUGCACUAAAUGAUGAAAUGUUCUUCAGCAUUGCCAAUCACACCCUCACCAUCGUUGAUACAGACGCUAUUUACACCAAACCAUUUAACACAAAUGUAGUAUUCAUCACCCCUGGCCAAACCACCAAUGUUCUUCUCAAAACAAAGCCACAUUACCCAAACGCCACCUUCCUAAUGGCGGCUCAACCAUACUUCUCCGGUCUUGGAACAUUUGACAACUCUACUGUUGCCGGUAUCCUAGAAUAUGAAUCCCCCUUACAUAGUUCUCCCACCAACAAAACUAAAAUCAAACUUUUUAAACCAACCUUACCAAAUAUGACCUCAACUAGUUUUGUUGCCAAUUUCACCAAGAACUUUCGUAGCUUAGCUAACACUCGAUUCCCAGCAAACGUUCCACAAAACGUUGACAAGCGUUUUCUCUUUACAAUAGGACUUGGUUCUAAUCCAUGCCCUAAAAACAUGACAUGCCAAGGACCUAAUGGCACUAAAUUUUCAGCAUCAGUAAACAACAUAUCGUUUGUCCUUCCAACGACAGCACUACUCCAAUCUCAUUACUUUGGACAAUCUAAUGGAAUUUACACCACAGAUUUUCCAGCAACCCCUCUAAAUCCAUUCAACUAUACAGGAUCACCACAACCAAACAACACUUUUGUAACCAAUGCAACAAAACUUGUUGUCUUACCAUUUAAUUCGAGUGUUGAGGUUGUGUUACAGGACACUAGUAUUCUCGGUGCUGAAAAUCAUCCCCUUCAUCUCCACGGUCACAAUUUCUUCGUUGUUGGUGAAGGAUUUGGUAACUUUGAUCCUAAUAAUGACCCAUCCAACUUCAAUCUCAAGGACCCUAUAGAGAGAAACACGGUUGGUGUCCCUGCUGGUGGAUGGAUUGCUUUUAGAUUCUUCGCGGACAAUCCAGGAGUAUGGUUUAUGCAUUGUCAUUUCGAGGUGCACACAAGCUGGGGACUAAGGAUGGCUUGGAUCGUGUUAGAUGGAUCGUUACCUAGUCAAAAGUUACCUCCUCCACCUUCAGAUCUUCCUAAAUGUUGA